AUGAAAAGUAUUCUUUCAAUAAUUAACAAUGGAGCACAAAGUCUUUUGGCAAUGUGUUCUAUUUUACUACACCUUUUAUUAAUAAUUGUAUGUGUAAGAUCUAAAGUUGUUUGUAAAAAUUUUGCUAAUUUUACUAUUUUUCAAACAGCAAUUGCUGAUUUUAUUUUUUGUAUAGGAAUUAUAUUCUUAAUUAUAAAUGAAACUGUAUUGUAUUUUCCAAAAUCAAAUAUUUUUAUUAAUAAUUGUAUCAUAAUAUUAACAUCACUUUUUUUUGGAUAUCAAAUUCGUGAUGUUACAGUAAUUUUUAUUACAAUUAAUAGGUGGGCUGCUUUAAGAUUUCCUGUAUUUUUUAGAGAAAUUCCUUUAAAAACUAAAAUAAAUAUUACAUUUAUAGUUUCACAAAUUUAUGCAUUAAUUUCAAUAAUAAUUAGUUGGUUUUCUAGAGAAAUUGAUUAUACAACAAAAUCUUGUCAAUCAUAUUACAUAUAUAAAUCAAAAUAUUUAUUAUGGUUUCAUGGACUUAUAUGUAUUUUAUUAUCUUACAUUAAUUGUGGUCAAAAAAAUCAAUCUUCAAAAUCAGAUAAAAAGAAAGGAAACCGAAAACAAGGAAAAGAAAAGAAGGAAAAAAUUGUUGAAUCUAAAAAACAAAUAAAUGAAGAAAAUACUGAAAAAUGUACUAAAAAAGAAUCAUCUAAAAUUGCAUCAAAUACUAGUAACAUGAAAGAACCAGAAGCUAAGCCAUUGAAUGAAAAAGAAACUAAAAUUUUGAAGAAUGAAGCUAAAGCUGAUGAAAAUGAAUAUCCAACAAUGCAGGAUUGUAUUGAUGGCUUUAAAAAUACUCCCACAAUAGAUACAACAGGUAACAAUAAAAGUCAAAAAAAGUAA